AAGUGGACUGUGGAAUGCGAACAUUGUAAACUGAGUAGUGUAGUCUGCUCGGCACUCCCGGAUGUGUGGCAGUAUGUCAGUGAACUUGUUGGUGUGACUGAAUACGAAUACCGUUAAAACAAUUUUAGUAAUUUCUGAAUAAAAAGUGUCGAGGAUUGUAUUUCUGAGCGUUGUACUUUAUUGUAUCUCAGUAACUAAAAGACUCUACAAUGUCAAUAGUUAUUUCAAGAUUUUCUAUCGUGAAAAGUCUCUCUCCUGUCGCCAAGUUAGGGCACAAUUUAAAUAAGAAGAAAUUCAUACAUACUUCAUUUAUAAGAAACAAGGCCAAGCUAAUAGAUGGCCGAAAUAUUGCCAACACAAUACUGUCGGAGCUAAAACAGGAGACGGACGAAUGGGUGGCGCAGGGCAACCGUCGACCACAGUUGACUGCGAUAUUGGUGGGCGAAGACCCCGCCAGCACCACGUACGUCAAGAACAAGAUGAAGGCUGCCAAGCAAGUUGGAAUCAAGACCAGAACAAUCCACUGUUUGACAACAAUCUCGGAGAAGGAUCUACUACAGCACAUUCAUCUGUUGAACAAUGACCCCGAGGUGGACGGUAUCCUUGUUCAGUUGCCGAUUCCGGACCACAUCACCGAGCGAGCCAUCUGCAACGCCGUCGCCCCGUCCAAGGAUGUCGAUGGUUUUAAUAUUGUCAACGUCGGUCGCUUUUGCUUGGACAUGAAGACUCUGGUACCCUGCACUCCUCUCGGUGUCCAAGAACUCAUCAAGCGUUCAGGAAUCUCAACAUUUGGUAAAAAUGCUGUGGUUUGUGGAAGAUCGAAGAAUGUGGGGAUGCCGAUAGCUAUGCUGUUGCAUGCGGAUGGAGCAGGUGAGACGGCAGCAAUGGAUGCCACAACCACGAUAUGUCACCGGCACACGCCACCUGAACAGCUUGCAAUCUUCACCAGAACAGCUGACAUCAUCGUGUCUGCCGCAGGAGUUCCUAAUCUGAUAAGGGCAGACAUGGUGAAGCCAGGAGCCUGUGUGAUCGACGUUGGAAUCACUAGAACUAUCGACAAGACGACGGGCACAUCUCAACUCGUCGGUGAUGUUGAUUUUGAAGGAGUUAGCGAGGUGGCAGGUCACAUCACGCCUGUGCCGGGCGGUGUUGGGCCUAUGACAGUGGCGAUGCUGAUGCGUAACACUCUCCUGGCAGCCAAACAUGCGGUCAUCUACAACAUCCUCGACCCUCGUGCAGUCAUACACAAGGAAGCCAGUCAGCUGAGACCUUGAUAAGCCUCCAAAGCGUCUGCUCCAUGGUGCUGCUACGCCUGCAGAGAGCAGUGCGACGGGUCUCCUCUGCAGAGCUUUGUGUCUUGCAUUCGCUGGAAAUUCUGUUUGCUACUUUAAAAUUCUAUUUGGUGCCUUGAGGCAAACUCUCAUCACUGCUGCUGCACGGUUUUGUCAUGGGCAUUGUUUGCUUCAAAAAAUCUAAGUAGCAUACUAUUCUUAUUUCCAUUACACAUGGUGUAAGUACUUAAAUUGUUUAACGUACUUACUUAAAUUUAUUGAAACUUCAACUAAUCAAAUUUAUGACGUAAAACACUACGGUUUUGUGCUAAUAGUGACUGUUUACUUCCUUAAAGUCGAAUAUAGAUCUUAAAUGGUAUGGGGCAAGCAUGGCCAAUUGUUAUCUGAAAUUAAAUUUAAGCAACACUAAAAAAUGGCAGCCACUUAUUUGUGGUGUAAACUGACGAUGAAACCUUUGGUUUUAAAUGGUUUUGUCCAAAAAAUUAAGAUGAUAUUGAAAAAGUGUUGUUUUACUAACUACUAGUUUAAAAUGUUUCCAAUUGCUUUAAGAGUCUUUAAAGCCACUUAAAAGUUUCACGUGUUGGAUUCUAGACAAGCCACAUAAGUUUUUACAUGAAGUUUAUUACAAACCUGAUAGUAAAAUGAAUUUAAGAUAGAAAAUCUUUGUGUGUUAGAGAGAGAGUGAGCUAACUAAAAAUUAAAAUGUCUACAAUCUUAAGGGCUACAAAAAGUACUGUUUAAAAGUGAAGAACACUAUUCAAUUGUGUGUUUUUAGAAAAUUAUGAUUAUUGUAGCACAACUUUUAUUAUUUUCAAUGUCCAUAUUUAAUGUUUUAAUAAUUAUUUUUAUAAACCAUAUGUACUUCUCUUCCAGUGAAAUAUCAUAUGUACCAAAUUAAUAUUAUAUUUUAGUAUUCAAAAAAAUAAAAUGUUUGGGGAGUAUCCCAAUUAAAUUUUUCUAUGUAAUUGGCUUCUUUAAAAUGUGAUAUGCCACUAGAUCUACGCUGAGAUUAUAUUUUCCACCAACUAACCCCUGAGAAGUUUCUCUGAGAAGGUGAAGUCACAAUUAGCAUAAUAGCAGUUUUUAAUGUUUUUAUUAAUAUUAUUAACUCUGCCACAUGUAUUCUACAUGUAGUACAGAUACAACGGUGAAAUUUUAAUUAACGUUUUAAACAAGAAAACCGCUAAGAUCAUGUUCAAUAUAUUAUUAUUAAAGUGAUAACUAUAAAGACAUAGAAGUAUAAAACUGCUAAGGAAUGCAUAGAUUGUCUCAAUAACCUUUGUCUCCUCUCACCUACAGUGCUGAACCAUUU